UUUGCGUGGGCUUCCCUCGGGCUCUCUCCUCCUUUCUCCUCUCUAGGAGUUUGCUAGCAGAUCAACGCCGUUGUGCAACUCGACAGAGAAGAAGACAAGAAAUCAUGGUUCCUGAAAAGUUUUACUUGCGCUUGUUCACAUUUGUGACCCUAUUGACUGUACUGGCACUCUCGGAUGUUGCAAGUGAGAACACUCUGGAAAAGCUUUUGAUGAAAAAAGUGGACGGUGGUGUAAAGCCAGCUGCAGCUGUGGCUGUGACUCCCUCCAGGGCCAAACAGUUCCUGGCCUCCCUUAAAAGACCCAAGAGGAACCUGUGGGACCGUAGCCGCCCUGAUGUUCAGCAAUGGAUCCAGCAGUUCAUGUACAUGGGCUUUGAUGAAGCAAGACUUGAAACGGAUCUGGCCUACUGGAUGGACCACUACCAAUCCAGUGACCAGGGUCGCCAGCAUCACUACGAUGAAAACUCUCCCAUGGGGCCUCGCAGCGCCAGCUCGUACAGGCACGGGGCAAAUGUCAACUAUGACGACUACUAAAACACCAAAGACAUAACCUCUCUGAUUUACCACAUGGUGUUGUCAGCUUGCUUCUUCCUUCUGUAGCUUGUACUCCUUUUGUGUAUCCUUUUGUAAAUGGAAAUAACAGAAAAUAAAAAUCCAAGAGACAAAGUCGAUUUUAAUAGUUCACACAUCAAUGUCACACAACAUGUCAUCAUUUAAUUGAAAAUGACAACUUACCAGAAAAAUAUCAUAAAGGUAGUCUAUAGAGUUGAGAACCACUGCCAUAUAUCAUGAUACCUUUAUGUGACGAAAAGACUGAAAUUUAGGUCAUUACCUAUAAUCAUGUCAAAUCAUAUUUUGAGCCUGACAGCACAUACGGAAAAUAACAAGAAUGAUGUUCUUCUUCAAAAAAGUCAUCUCUGGGUGUCUGGUGUUGUUUUCAAAAGGCUUGGAAAGAGUGUUACAAUAAAGACCACAGAACCUAGGUCGUCUGUUUGUUUGUGAAAGAAAUUAUUACUUUUAUUCAGCAAGAACGGACUAAAUUGAUCAAAGGUUACAUUUAUAAUAA